AUGCCUUUUUUUGGAGUAGCGGGGUCUAACAAUGACCUUAAUGUUCUUGACCAGUCUCCACUUUUCAACGAUAUUUGGACCGACAAAACACCUGAUAUGACGUUCACGGUGAACGGGCACACGUACAAAUACAGUUACUACAUUGGCGAUGGGAUAUACCCGGAUUAUUCUACAUUGAUGAAGGCAUACUCAGUUCCUCGAAGUGAAAAGGAAAUUUUUUUUACAAAAAAACACGAAUCGAUGAGAAAGGAUAUCGAGAGGGCAUUUGGAGUUCUUAAGCAGACAUGGCAUGUAGUGAAAUAUGCUACACGACUCUGGGAUAAAGAAAGAAUUAAACGAAUGGUCCUAGCAUGUAUUAUAAUGCAUAAUAUGAUUAUUAAAGAUGAAGGUCGAGCGAUUUGCACGUAUGAUCUGAACGACGUUAUCGUUCCAAUUUAG